AUGAGUGUUUUCGGUGAUUUCCAAAAAGCUUGGGCGCAGCGAUUCCCUGGUUGUGAAUUACCACAAGCAUGGGAAGAAGAUGUAAGAGCAAAUUUGACUAAACACAGGCAAAAAGUGGCAGCUUUAAAUGUAGAGUUGGAGAAAGAAGAAUUCUACGUUGAGUACCUGGAGCAUUUAUUAGCAGAUGUGGAACGAGUGAAGCAGCAGCCUCGGAUCGGAAAUAAUAACUGUGAGAACAAGCAUUUCUCCUCUUCUCUGGAGCGGAAAAAUGCACGCAGCACAUCAUCUGAUAGUGUAAAAAUUAGUGACACUAGUUGUGAGGAUAAAUUGAAACCAGAAUCUUUGAAAGUCAAUUCCGAAGUUAAUGUUGAUCAUCGAUGCGACAGUAAAUCAGUUGAUCAGAAUAGUUAUGUGACAGUUAUAGAAGUGGGUGGACCUAAUUCGUUAGGGGAGUCUGUGUGCCCUCAUGACAGGGAUGAAAGUCACAUUCAGAAUUCAGUUGAGCAGAAAACUCUUCAUGAUGAUCCACCUGCGAGUGAGUCUAGUUCACUUCAAAAAAAGAAACCUCCUGCCCCUCCCAAGAAGCCGAGAAAGACCAUCCCGGUCCAAGCCGUGCCUCCGGUGAAAAAAACCGACAUCGUCAAUUCCGAGGACGUGAAAAUCGAAGAGGAAAAACCGGUGACGGAACUUUCAAAAGCAGCCAGUAAUGAUAACGUCAGCAAUACUCUAGUCAAUCAGUUUGAACCUAACGUUGCUCCAGAUCGCUCAUCUGACGGUAAUACGAGUAAUAUAAUCGGUCCAGAUAUAGCCGAAGCAGCUCCAAUCCCACCCAAAUCGGAGCCAAACGAAGAAACAAACAGCUAUACCGAUGAGAAUAUUUACGAUACGGUUGCACCCGACGAAGGGGAAACUUCGAGUUCUCACACGUUAGCCAGCCAAUCUUCCAAAGAAGAUGGCGAAGGGGAUUACGUGGUGUUUUCGGAGGUUUACGACUCGUAUCCAGAGGGACCCCCCGUUUCUUCGCGCUCCAGAAUUGCCGAAUGCUUGUUGAAUACGCAGCAGAGUGUCGAGGAGGAAAGUCCGGAGUAUGCGACGUACAUGAACAUUGAUUAUUUCCUUCAAACUCAGAAGGAUCUCGCGAGUAAGCCUUCUCUGGGAGAAUCGAUCGGGGCGGAUUCGGACGAGGAUGAUGCGUUUCUGGUUCGGUCUUUCUCGAGCGAUCAGGAAGCCGAGCCGGAUCAGAUCGCGGACUAUUCGGAAAAGAAAGGGAGUGGUACGUCGGCCCCGAGUGAUGAUGUUUUUGAUAUGGAUUCAGGUGUAUAUAGUAGUUCUGUGGAAUCAACAUCCUUUUUGGGUGGUUCCUCGACGCCACCUUCUUGCAAAAAGAAUAAACUGGAAGCUGAACCAUGUAAAAGUGAAGCUGAAAGAAUGGCCAUGUACAAAUGUAUUUUAAGUAGCAUAGUUGAAAGUGAAACAGUUUACAUAGAAUGCCUUAAUAUGCUCCUGCAGUACAUGAAAGCAUUGAAAUCUACAAUCAGCACAUCACAACCUUUAUUGUCUUUGGAGGAUUUUAAUCUGAUCUUCUAUAGAAUUCCAGAGUUACAUAGUCUUCACAUCACAUUUUUGAAAGGCCUGAAAAAACAAACUGACAAAUGGGAUGGAACGCAAGCUAUUGGUGAAGAUUUCAAAAUUCUGGCGAGCAAGUUAGGUGUUUAUGGCUCCUUUUUACAAAAUUAUUCAAAAGCAAUCGAAACAGUACGGAAAUGUAGUGUUGAUAAUUCCAAAUUUUCUGAAAUUACAAAGUCAAUUAAACUGAAAGCUCUGAAAGGACAAGCUACAACAUUAGAAGAUUUGCUCCAUAAACCAGUGGCAAGAGUUCAGAAAAAUGCCUUAGUUCUUCACGAUUUGCUACGAUAUACUCCUGAAAAUCAUCCUGAUUUCAAGACCUUGAAAACUGCUCUUAAGAUGACGCAGUGUUUCUUGAAUGAUAUCAAUGUAUCUGCUACGGAGAGUAUGUUUCCUGUAACUGAUCGAGCCCAGAGGCAUUUAGUGAAAAACAGCUUCAUUGUUGAGUUAUCUGAAGGACAUAGGAAAUUGAGACAUUUAUUUUUGUUCAGUGAUGUAAUUGUAUGUGCCAAAUAUAAGCCUUCCACUCGACAAAAAUUUACUUUUGAAGUUAAAUGGUUUAUUCCACUGUCAGAAGUUGUUCUUUCUGAAACCAAUAAUGAAACUGAAACAGUCAAAGAAGCAUCACCGUUUGAUAUUCUUUCAUUGAAGUCCAGAGCAAGUAAUGUGCGAGAUCAAAUUUUGAGGGAAGAAAAGGGGAAAGAGAGACGAAUUGCUGGUCGAAACGUAGAUAAACAUAAGAAGAAACUUGCUGAAUUGGAAGCUCAACUUGUUCUUGCCUCACCAAAUUUGAUCUUCAGAAUUGGGCACAAAGUAGGCAAAAGUUAUACUUUCUUUCUUUCUUCUGAAUUUGAAAGAGCUCAGUGGUAUGAAGCUAUAAGUAUUUUACAGUCUACUGCAAAUCCUAUACCACCUACCUCAACAAUUACUGCUUAUGAGUUGCAAGCUUGGGUUACUUCUUGUCGCAAGCAUCUGGGUACAAAUCUUGGCUCAUUCCUUUUGCGUUCAGGAAAGGAUGAGGAUUUACUUGUUGGAGAUCUUCAUAUAGUUGUCUUGAGCUUACAUGGUUUAACAAGGCCAUCAGAUGUAUAUUUAUGCUUUGAAGUGGAUUCAUAUGGUCAUUUCUUCAACAAAGCCAAAACAAAAACUUGUUAUAGUACAACUGAGCCUGCAUUUAACCAAGACUUUGUCAUUGAUUUAGAAGGCUCACAAACUUUACGGAUUCUUUGCUAUGAGAAUUCUCAACAAGGUGCAAUAUUACGAGGGAAAGGUGCGCUCGAGCUUAGCCAGUCAUGGUUGACUGACAAAAUACAAGAAAAAUCUGUUAGCUUACAGGAAUUGAUGCUUACAAUAGGCUUGAAAUAUGAGCCACCUGAAUUAUCUCUCAGAUGCAUACCAUCAACGAAGUCUGGUGGUGUUUUUGGUGUAAAAAUUCAGCAAGUUUGCAAGCGAGAAAAAUCUGCAGUGCCAUUUAUUAUGAUUAGUUGCAUCAGAGAGGUAGAAAAACGGGGGAUUCAUGAAAUAGGUAUUUAUCGUGUAUCAGGUUCUGCAUCAGAUGUUCAGAGGUUAAAAAAGAGCUUUGAAACAAAUGUUUAUGAAGCUGAACAACUUUUGAAAGAAGUAGAUAUUCAUUCAGUGACAGGAAUGUUUAAAAUGUAUCUAAGGGAGUUGCCCGAGGCAUUAUUCACUGAUGCAUUGUAUCAGAAAUUUUUUCAAGCUUUUGGUAUUUCUAAUCAAGAAGAAAAAAAUAAACAGCUAUUGCAGCUUUUUACAGAGCUUCCUGAAAUAAAUCGCGGGAUCAUUCUUUACCUGCUGGAUCAUCUUGUGAGGGUCCAUCAAAGCGAGAUCACGAACAAAAUGUCGCUACACAAUUUAGCCACCGUCUUCGGGCCCACCCUCCUCAGGCCGGGUAGUCGUUCCUCCAGUUCCGCCUCCGCAGACCUCCUGACUGCGGGAACAGUCGAUGUCAUGGCCCAGGCGGGGAUAUUUUAUUUCUUCCUCAAGCGUCAUGCCGCUGGUCUACCCCUCAAAUCUGAUGCACAAGAUUGA